UCUCUCUCUCUCUCUCUCUCUCUCUCUCUUGGGACACUGAAACCAGAGAGAGAUUUUGAGAUAGAUAGACCCCAAUCUCAAUUUUACUUAUCAUUCCCCAGUUUCUAAAUCUUUGGUGGUGGGGAUUGGAAUACAAAUUACAAACACACACACACACACACAAACUCAAGAUUCCUUUUGCAGAUUUUUGAUAGGCAAUCAUGAAGUAUAAAGAUGGGAAGCCAGGAUAUAACCCAGAUAAAAAUGCAAGAGUUCUUCCUAUGACAAUUCUGUUGUUUGUGUUAUGUGGAUUCUCGUUCUAUCUGGGUGGAAUCUUUUGUUCUGAGAAAGAAGGAUUCAAUGUCAACACAUCCAUGGAUGUUGGAGACUCUGUUGCGUCAGCGAGGGAUACAGCCGUUUCCCCUCUUCAACUUAAACCGGUUACCUUCCAGGAAUGCAGCAGUGAUUACCAAGAUUACACUCCUUGCACAGAUCCAAGGAAAUGGAAGAAGUAUGGUUUGCAUCGGCUUACUUUCAUGGAAAGACAUUGCCCUCCUGUGUUCGAAAGAAAGGAAUGCUUAAUUCCACCACCAGACGGGUAUAAACCACCAAUUAGAUGGCCAAAAAGCAAGGAUGAGUGUUGGUACAGGAACGUGCCAUAUGAUUGGAUCAAUAAGCAGAAAUCUAAUCAAAAUUGGCUGAGGAAAGAAGGUGAAAAGUUCCUUUUUCCUGGUGGAGGAACUAUGUUUCCUCAUGGCGUUAGCGCAUACGUUGAUCUGAUGACAGAUCUAAUUCCAGAAAUGAAGGAUGGAACUGUUCGAACAGCCAUUGAUACUGGGUGUGGGGUUGCAAGCUGGGGAGGAGAUUUGCUAGACCGUGGAAUUUUAACAGUUUCUCUUGCACCAAGAGAUAACCAUGAAGCUCAAGUCCAAUUUGCAUUGGAACGUGGAAUUCCAGCAAUUCUUGGCAUCAUUUCCACACAACGCCUUCCUUUCCCAUCAAGCUCCUUUGAUAUGGCUCACUGCUCAAGAUGCCUUAUCCCAUGGACAGAAUUUGGUGGAAUAUACUUGCUAGAAAUCAAUCGAAUCCUCCGUCCUGGGGGUUUCUGGGUUCUAUCUGGUCCCCCUGUCAACUAUGAAAAUCGUUGGAGAGGAUGGAAUACGACUGUGGAAGAACAAAGAUCAGACUAUGAAAAAUUGCAGGAACUCCUAACUUCGAUGUGCUUCACCCUUUACAACAAAAAGGAUGAUAUUGCUGUUUGGCAGAAAUCUUCAGAUCCAAAUUGUUUCAACAAGAUUGCUGUUGAUGCUUACCCGCCUAAGUGCGACGACAGCCUUGAACCAGAUUCAGCAUGGUACAGUCCAUUGCGCAGUUGUGUCGUUGCUCCCAACCCAAAACUGAAGAGGACAAGUUUGAUGGCCGUCCCUAAAUGGCCAGAUCGUUUACACACCUCACCGGAACGUGUUUCAGAUGUUUAUGGUGGGAGUACUGGCACUUUCAAGCACGAUGAUAGCAAAUGGAAGGUCCGAGCAAAACACUACAAGAAAUUGCUUCCUGCAAUUGGGACUGAAAAGAUCAGAAAUGUUAUGGACAUGAAUACAGUUUACGGAGGUUUUGCUGCAGCCAUUAUUGAUGAUCCUUUGUGGGUUAUGAAUGUGGUUUCUUCCUACGCUGCUAAUACUCUUCCUGUGGUCUAUGAUCGUGGUCUAAUUGGAACUUACCAUGACUGGUGUGAAGCAUUUUCAACAUAUCCUCGAACUUAUGAUUUGCUCCAUCUUGAUGGGCUUUUCACCGCAGAAGGCCAUAGGUGUGAGAUGAAGUAUGUGCUUUUGGAGAUGGAUCGAAUCCUGCGUCCAAAUGGGUAUGCGAUAAUUCGAGAGUCAAGCUACUACGCAGAUGCAGUAGCCUCAAUGGCCAAAGGGAUGAGAUGGGGAUGUCGUAAGGAAGAAACCGAAUACAGUACCGAAAAGGAGAAGAUAUUGAUUUGCCAGAAGAAGCUUUGGUAUUCUUCUAACCGGAAAUCAAGAUGACAAACAUGAGAAAAGGAAGCUGGCCAGCCAAAUCCAGGUACUUAUACUUUCAGAAUCAAAGCGAAGCAAGCUCGAUAGAAGCACAAAGAGAUUAGUUUACUUUUACAAAAUACUGGGGAAACUACAAUAUUUCUCCUCGAAUAUCUUCGACGAUUAAAGAAUUGGGUGUCAAAUAGUGUGGUUAUAUUUAUUUUACAGGGCCUCUUUCAUAUAGAUAUAUUCUUUUGUAAGGGAGCAAAUUGUAUGUCAAAUUUUCAACUUUUUUUCUGUAUCUUUUUCUGUUCAAUACUACUUUUUGUCGUCUACAUUGAAGUAAUUGAUGGGUUGUUGAGAUAUCAAAGUAUGGGCUAGAAGGUUUCAAACCACAAGUCCCAUUCUUGUGAUUUGUCUUUUGAUUUUCGUUUUGUUUAUAAUUUUGUCACUCUGAAGAGCAAAAGAGAACUAAACAGAUUCAAUACAAACCAUCUAAUAUUUCUUGA